AUGAGUGCUUAAUAAAAAAAACUUUUAGAACUAAAAUAAAAACAAGGAGUAGCUACCUUUCAUAGAAGUUCUCACUAAUUACUUCCUUUAAAUAAUUUGAAAUCUCAUAAAACAAUUCAUGAAGUUGAAGUAAUAAGAGGAUCUCUAAGAACUCUCCCAGAUAUUAAUUCUAGUCCUAAAAUUGAAGCAUAAUCAAAGUGGUCAAAACUGUAAUAAAUAUCAUAAUCAUACCGAUCACCAAAUAGAAACAUUGUAAUCACUAAUAAACGUACUUCCAUUUAAAGAUUGUCCAUAACAUCAUAAUUAAAAAACCUUGUUAAAUUUACAAGCUCAAUGUAUGUAUUUAAAUUAAUUAAAGAUAACUUGAUGGUCUUGAUCCUGCAAAAAAUAUGGUAAAAAACAGCGAUAGUGUAGUAGUAAAUAUGUAAAAGAGCCAAAAUAUUGACUAUCUUGUGGUUGGACUGGGAGAUAGUCAUGGCAAUUUGGGUAUACAUUUUUCAAAAAUAAUCACUCAUCGUGCAUUAGACUAAAUCAUACAAGUUAUCAAUAAUACACCUAUAAUCGGAUUGAGUUUGUCAAUUCAUUUUAGUUUCUAAAAUGUUUACUAACAAGUAGAACAAAAUCUGGUAUUUAUACAAUUUAAAACUUUUAGAUUGAGUAAACGGAUUUUGAUGUAAAGAAUAAUGGGUGUUCAUUAUUAUCAAUGAUUAUAGUUAAUAAUUCGAUAUAUUGUGCUAAUUUAGGUGAUUCAAAAGCUGCCUACUUUUAUAAGAAAGAUUCUGAUCCAAAUGAAAUUAAAGAAGUAAGAAAGUUUGUUUAGAAAAAUAUCAAUUUUGUUCAUGACACAAAUAAUAGUAAGGAAGUUUAGAGAAUACUAAAAAAAGGUGGCAAAAUAGAUUAAGCUAUCUAUAAAGGUAGAAAGAGUGGAAAUUUGAAAGUCUGGGCUCCUAAAUAGAAUUUACCUGGUGUUAAAUUAACUAGAUGUUUUGGUAAUAUGAAUGGGAAAACAGUUGGAAUUAGUGCUGAACCAGAGAUUACAGAAUUUAAAGUACCUAAAUCAGGAUAUUUAUUAAUUGGAUCAACAGGAUUGUGGGAAAUUAUGGAUGUUUUAAUCAUCGAUUAAAUUUUAGAUGCUCAUUUUCCUCCAACUUGCUAGGAGGAUAUUGAUUAAGCUAUAAAAGAGAUUGGUGAAUAGACAAAAAAAUAUUGGGAUUAAGAUGGAGAAGGUUUAAUUGAUAUCUCAUUAAUUUUGAUAUAUAUAUAAUUAUGA